UGUUUAUUAGAUGUAAAACAAGGAUAGAAUGACACAUCCGCUCCCUGAAUGCCCUUCGGGUCUUAAGCGAACAUAACCUAUGAAACGAAGAGAGAAGAACGAGAUCGCGCGAAGAAAUUUAAGUCUUUAAAUCGAAAACAUGGGUGAACGCUACAACAUCCAUAGCCAGUUGGAGCAUCUACAAUCCAAGUACAUUGGUACGGGACAUGCAGACACAACCAAGUUCGAAUGGUUGGUGAAUCAGCAUAGGGAUUCUUGUAGUUCAUAUAUGGGCCACUACGAUUUGCUAAAUUUCUUUGCGAUUGCCGAAAACGAAGCCAAAGCACGAGUUAGAUUCAAUCUUAUGGAGAAGAUGCUGCAACCUUGUGGACCACCGCCUGAGAAGCCGGAAGAUUAAAUUGCGCGUUCUUGAACAUUUUUCUUGUGUAAUAAAAACUUUUAAUUCCCGAAAAUAGAAAUAAUAUAAACUUUUUGUUUUUUUAUCAGAUGUUUCAAGAAAAAUUAAUAAACUUAAGUGGAUUUUAUUAGAUCAACAUUA